AUGUUAGGACGGACAAUGCGUGCAAUAUUAAUCAAAGAGUUUGGCGAUGCAAGCGUUUGUAAAUUAGUGAAAGACGUUUCCAUACCAGAAAUUCAAUCCAAAGAGUUAUUGAUUCGAGUGCAUGCAGCUGGUGUAAACCCUGUUGAUACUUAUAUUCGUUCUGGUACUUAUAGCCGUCGUCCAAAUCUGCCGUAUAUUCCCGGCUUAGAUUCAGGUGGAGUUGUAGAAAAAGUUGGACAAGAUGUCAAAAAUUUCAAGGCUGGUGAUCGAGUGUUCACGGUAAAUACUGUGACUGGUAGUUAUGCGGAUUAUUGCGUGGCUCGAUCUGAUUUUACAUUCCAUUUACCUGCAAAUGUGUCUUUUGAAGAAGCAUCGGGAUUGGGUUUACCAUAUUUUACAGCAUAUCGAGCACUAUUUAUCAAGUAA